CGCUCCAUCCGCCACACACGAACCGUGCCCGACCGAACGCGCGGCUCACACAGUAUCUAGACCACCACACAUCGCCAACUCGUCGGCGCGUCCGAGGAAGGAAGGAAGGGAGCAAUGGCGGCGGCGGCGGCGGAGGUGGGCAACAGGAGGGUGAUCCUGAAGCGCCACGUGACGGGGUUCCCCACCGAGGACGACAUGGAGGUCGUCCCCGCGACGGCGCGCCUGGCCGUGCCCCCCGGGUCGGCCGCCGUGGUGGUCAAGAACCUCUACCUCUCCUGCGACCCCUACAUGCGCAGCCGGAUGUCCCGCCACGACGAGCCCAGCUACGUCCCGGACUUCGUCCAGGGGGAGGUGUUAACCACUCUGGGCGUAAGCAAGGUGGUAGAAUCCGGGCAUCAGGAUUACAAGGCCGGUGAUCUGGUGUGGGGAAUGACAGGAUGUGAAGAGUACACUUUGAUCACGAACCUGCAGACACAUUUCAAGAUCAACCAUCCCGAGUUGCCGCUGUCGUACUACACAGGAGUUAUGGGCAUGCCUGGCCUUACUGCCUAUGUUGGAUUUUUUGAUGUGGCCAAGCCAAAGAAGGGCGACUAUGUCUUUGUGUCCGCAGCCUCAGGUGCCGUCGGACAGCUUGUCGGGCAGCUUGCCAAGAUCUCUGGCUGCUAUGUGGUUGGUAGUGCCGGUUCCGAUGAGAAGGUCAACCUCCUGAAAACAAAGUUUGGGUUUGACGAUGCCUUCAACUACAAGAAGGAGCAAGACCUGAACGCCACACUGAAGAGGUGCUUCCCGGAGGGCAUCGACAUCUACUUCGAGAACGUGGGUGGCGCGAUGCUGGACGCGGUGCUUCUCAACAUGAGGCUGCACGGGCGGGUGUCUGUAUGCGGGAUGAUCUCGCAGUACAACCUGGAGCAGCUCGAUGGCGUGCGCAACCUCUUCCACAUCGUCGCCAAGCGCAUCCGUAUGGAGGGGUUCAUCGUGAUGGACCACUACGGUACCUACAGAAAGUUCGAAGAGGAGAUGGCCGGCUACCUCAAGGAAGGGAAGAUCACUUACGUGGAGGACGUCGCCGAGGGGAUCGAGAGCUUCCCGUCGGCCCUCAUUGGGCUCUUCUACGGGCGCAACGUCGGAAAGCAGCUGGUGGCCGUCGCACGGGAGUGACGUCGCAUGCCAGGAGCCCUCCUGGAUCGAGAAGUGCUGAUGUGCCUUCAGAGAUCAGAAUUCAGAUAUAUAUAGAGGCGUACUUAGUCCGGUUUGCUGGAUGCAGCAUCCUUUGAGCCAGCGUUUGGAGAAACUUGGAGAAAACUGAAUCCUGCUUAGGUGAUCCAGGAAGCUGGAAUGAACUAAUAAUGUUUACUAGUAUUACAAAAGGGGAGUUGAUGGUA